CGUCCUUAGCGCUGUGAUGGCUGCGGUUUUGCGUAGAUUCAGUGCGGUACUAAAGAACUGUGUAAAUAACGUCUCCCACGCGUCUCAACGCUGUAAAAAGACUAAAACAGGUGUAAUUGAAACAGGAGUAUGCUUUCUUCUUGGGGGCGCUGUAGCUUACUACUGUUAUGACCGUGUUGGACAGGGAAGGAAAGUUUGUAGUGGCCAGGCUUUCGCUCCCUUGGUGCAGACAGUAGCUGCCAAAGAAAAGACGAAGAAAGUGGUUGAGGAUGAGGAGGAGGAGGAGCACCUAUCGGCGCACGAGGAGCGCUUCCGCCUGUUCAGCUCAGUGGAGUGUGAGGGACAGCUGUACAUGACCCCACUCAACUUCCUGGAGGCGGUCACCACCAGCCUGCCCAAGAACAACAAGAAGUUUUGGAAAUCCUUUUCAAGAGAGGAUUUGGAAAAGAUGCUGUCAAGCACACCGCCUGUUGGAAAGGGAUCCCCCAAUCUGUUCAGAAGCAUUCAUGAUAAAGGCGUUAUCACUUACACAGAGUAUCUCUUCCUACUUUGCAUUUUAACAAAACCUCGCAAUGGCUUCAAACUAGCCUUUAAUAUGUUUGACGCCGACGGAAAUGAAGUAGUGGAUAAAAAAGAGUUUUUGGUGCUUGAGGAUAUUUUCCAUAAGAAAGCUGACAAAAGGAAGAGAAGAGAGGAAUCUGGCACAGUGGCACAGCUGCCUGUGGAUUCAAAAAUGACCCACACAACCCUGCUGGUGCAUUUCUUUGGAGAGGACGGAAAAGGAGCGCUAAACUUUGAUAAUUUCUACAGUUUCAUGGACAACCUGCAGACAGAGGUGCUUGAGAUCGAGUUCCUCAGCUACUCCAAGGGCUUGCCCACCAUCAGCGUGGAGGAUUUCGCCCAGGUGCUCCUGCGCUACACCACCGUGGACAACGUCAGCAGCUACCUGGAGAAUGUGCAGCAGAAUUUCCCUGAUGACAAGGGAAUCACCUUUGAAGAGUUCAGAACCUUCUUUCAAUUUCUCAUCAAUUUGGAAGAUUUUGCAAUUGCCCUGCAGAUGUAUAAUUUUGUCAAUCGUCCAGUGGGGCAAGAUGAGUUCUCCAGAGCUGUUUAUGUGGCUACAGGCUUAAAGCUCAGCGAACACCUGGUAAACACUGUAUUCAAAAUCUUUGAUGUGGACCACGAUGAACACCUGAGCUACAAGGAGUUCAUUGGCAUCAUGAAGGGCCGACGGCAGAGAGGCUCCUGGGGCAACAGAGUUGAUGGCCGUUUCACAUCAUUCAAGUCUUGUAUGAGAAAGCAGCUCUCCUGCUCCUUAUAG